CAGCGAUGUGGCAGUGAGGGUGAUGGCCAUGGUGGCCUUCUGCGGGCUGCGCGCGAGCCGGUUCCGUGCCGGCCGCGCCGUGCUACCCAAGUGGUUCAUGGAGGACGUGGUGGUUGAAGGGUUCGAGGCCAUGAGGAUGAGCGGCGCCGCUGGCGGGCGGAGAGUGUGCGUGACGAGGCGGUUGCCGAGAGUGAUGGUGGAGGGGCUCCUGAGGGAUUACCUCGGCGCCGAGGCUGUAGUCGGAAAGGAGAUGAAGGUGCUGUGGGGGUUCUACACUGGACUAAUGGAGGAAGAAGGCGAGGUGGUGUUGGAAGAGGAGAAGAAGAUCAUGGCGGAGGGUGAUGAUGCUCUGGGAUUCUGCGGGUCGUUAGAGUUUCUCUUGCAUCCUAUUCCACGUUCUUGCAAGGAUAUCUACCUCGCGACAAGAGACGACAGGGCCACGUGGCAGGCGCUGCCGAGGAGCAAGUACCCCAAGGCCGUGGUGUUCCAUGACGGCCGUCUCGCGUUCCGGCCAACCGCUGGCAGCACGCUCGCCAUGUUCAUGUGGCUGCCCUUCGGCGUUGCACUUGCCUCCGCCCGCCUCACCAUCGCGCUCACCGUGCCAUAUCGAUAUUCCACGCCGAUCCUGGCGGCCACCGGCAUGUCAUGGCGGCUCAAGGCCGGCGAUGGGCCACCGCUGCAGACCGCUGGCGUCGAGCGAGGUUGCCGGCGCGGGCAGCUGUUUGUGU